CCGGGUCAGGCCCGGGGUCCCCAUGGCGCAGCUGCUCGCCCCGGGAAGUCGCUCGGCUCGGCCCCCGUCGGGCAGGGCCGGGGCCGUGAGCUUCGCGGACGUGGCCGUGUACUUCUCCCCGGAGGAGUGGGGGUGUCUGCGGCCGGCGCAGAGAGCCCUCUACCGGGAGGUGAUGCGCGACACCUACGCUCUCCUGGGCGCGCUCGGGGGCGGAGGCGCCAAGCCAGCGCUCAUCUCCUGGGUGGAGGAAGAAGGCGAACGGUGGGGACCCGGUGCCCAGGAUCCAGAGGAGGCCACGUGUGCCACAGCAGCCCACACAGAUCGCAGACACGAGGAGGAAAGGUGGAGCCCACGGGAAGAGACUGAGGCAACCCAGAAGUGGAAGGAGCCUCAGCCCUCCUUGGCCGGCCCCCCUCGUCCCUUGGAGCAGCAGCCGGGCAGGGACCCUCAGCCGGGGCGCCCCGCUGUCGGUGUCCAGGCCACUGUGCUAAGGGCAGAGCAGCGCCAUGGCUGUCACCUGUGUGGGAAGAGCUUCGCCUGGAGGUCCACCCUGGUGGAGCACCUGUACACUCACACAGGUGAAAAGCCCUUCCGGUGCCCUGACUGCAACAAGACCUUCGGCCGGGCCUCCUCCCUGAGCAUCCACCGGGCCAUCCACCGCGGGGAGCGGCCGCAUCGCUGCCCUGUCUGUGGCCGGGCCUUCACGCAGCGCUCUGCCCUCACCACCCAUUUCCGGGUGCACACGGGGGAGAAGCCCUACAGCUGUGCUGACUGUGGACGCUGCUUCAGGCAGAGCUCCACCCUCCGCGAGCACCAGCGGGUGCACAGCGGCGUCACCCCCUUUUCUUGCACGGACUGUGGCAGAGCCUUUUCCCAUGCCUCCCAUCUUCGGUGCCACAAGCGCACGCACACGGGUGAAAAGCCUUAUUCGUGCCCUGACUGUGGGCGCUGCUUCCGGCAGUCUGGUAGUUUGGCAGUGCACAGGCGCACCCACAGUGGGGAGCGCCCCUACCCCUGCCCUCAGUGUGGCCGGCCAUUUCGAACCAAAUCAGCUAUGACGAGCCAUCAGUGGGUCCAUCGGCCAGGAGCUGGAGGCCACAGGGACAGGAAAGCUAGUCAGUUAUCUCCAUCCCUGGCCCCUGGCUACGGGGACCAGGAUCCACCUGUCAACUUCCAACACUAUCCAGAGAUAUUCCAGGAGUGUGGGGGAUGGUCCUAAAAAUGCCAGGCUAGAGGGUGAAAUGUGUGCGUUGUUUGAAGCCCAGAGGCUUGAACUCAUGGCAUCCUCUGGAAGUCACAGAAGUUCUAGCUGGGGCUGCUCCUGGGAACAGAGUACAGUCGUGUAGGUGGCUACCAGAUGCAUUUGCACCCGCCCUGAUCCCACUGCCCGGCUCUGAGUCUAUUGGGCUGGGGUAGAAACCCACUAGAUCUCUCUCUGAGAAGCAAGGGCAGUUUCCUGCCUCACACGUGUUGCAGAGAACCUUGUUUGACUCGUUGCCUCUGUAAUGCAGAGGCUGAAGUUUCUGGCUCUGUGAGAACUGAGGUGAAGAGUCUGGGGUGGUCCUGCAUGCCUAUGAUCCCAGCAUUUGGGAGGCAGAGACAGGAAGAUCAGGAAUUUGAAACCAGGUUGGGUUACCUGAGACUCCAUCUAAAAAUAAAUAACAGGUGAAAUGAA